CUGUUCUUUUCCCUUACAACUCACCCUUCGCGCCCCCACAAGGUCCAACUUGCCCCUCUCCCCCGGGGAGCUGUCCCCCGCCACGGAGCUGACCACCUUUAGGGGCGUAGGGUCCUUGUUCCUUGAGCUCUAGCCUGGCUGUACGCAGAACCUUGUUCCUGGGCGCCAGAAGCCCGGCGGGCAUUGACGUCAAGCGGCGGCAGAGCGCUGCCUACAGACGGUUGACCCGGACCCUCCUCCGUACUCUUUCCCGAGCUCGCCCCCUCCCUUCGCACCGCACCAGGGCUCGGGUUGCGCUAUAAAAGGCGGGAGCGCGGGCUGCCAGAGCAGCGGCGAGUUUCAGCACCAUGGAGAGCCCCCGCCUGCGGCUGCUGUCCCUCCUGGGCGUCGCCCUGUUGCUGCUUCCUUUGCUGGGCGUCCGUGCCCAGGAGGACGCCGAGCUUCAGCCCCGAGCCCUGGACAUCUACUCCGCCGUGGAGGACGCCUCCCACGAGAAGGAACUGAUCGAAGCGCUGCAGGAGGUCCUGAAGAAGCUCAAGAGUAAACGCAUUCCGAUCUAUGAAAAGAAGUAUGGUCAAGUGCCCAUGUGCGACGCCGGCGAGCAGUGCGCGCUGCGGAAAGGAGCGAGGAUCGGGAAGCUGUGCGACUGUCCCAGAGGAACCUCCUGCAAUUCCUUCCUCCUGAAGUGCUUAUGAGGGGCAUCCACCCGCCUCCCUUUAUCCCAGCCCCUUCACGUUCCCCAGAGAACCGCACCUUCAUCCUUGGAGAUUGGCUUUGGCAACAAAGUUUGCACUUCCCACUGAGGGCGAAGGGGGCUCUUUUCCUGCUGUUUCCAAAUAAAAGAACACAUUAGAUGUGACUGUGUGAAAUGGUAAUGCCUCCUUGUACUGUUGAUACGCGUGCGAAGUAUUCUUUUCUCAUUUUACUUGUCUAACAACCCCCUCUGUAUCUUUGUGUAAGAAAGGGAUGUUUGCUUCAAAACUGUAUUUUUGUAUGUGGCAUGAUUGGAUUAAUAUUAGUGCUAGUUAAUCUUGGUAGAUGACAUCAUUACCUGGACAAUUAACCACCCCCAAGAAACACAAAUUACAGCGAAGGCGAAUUAUACAUAAUAAAGUGUUUUUAAUAAUUGCUCAUCA